AGUAAAGACCAGCUUGAAUUGGAUACCAGCAGUAUGAAGACCAGUGAGACCAGUAUUAACCACCAGAAACAAGACCAGUAUAAAAUUCCAGUAAUUCAAGACCAGUUUAAUUUUUAAUUGGACCAGUAAAAUUUUAACUGGACCAGUAUGACCAGUUAGACCAGUAAACCGAUGUUCCAGUUUCCAGAGUUACCAGUUAAAAUUCAACUGGUCUAACUGGUCCAGUGGAACUGGUUUUUCCUUCUGGGUUGGAAUUAGGGUACCCUUCUGGGAUUGUGGUGGCGCUGCGUAGCUUGGUGAGCGAGCUAGAGAGCGCUAGCGGGAGCGUGUAUACGCCACUGCCGGGAUCCAGCGUUGGUUUGCUGAUUAAUGCAAGCCCUUUUGACCUUAGAAGGCGAAAGCGUACAACACUUUGAAUCACACAACACUUUGAAUCCCAUCAAUGAUCAAAGGUCGGCUGAGCAAGAGUAGAUAGAGAAUGGCUACUUCAUUCUUCCGAAGCGUGACUGCCUCGACAAAAAUUUGAGAAUUGAUGGGUUUGCAUUGCAGCAAAAAAGGAGUCAGAGUAGCCUCGACUCCACCUCACAGUGAAGUUUCUGCAACACCUUCGCCCGAAUUGAUUCCUGAAACUGAACCUCUAACACCUUCCGAAUCCUCAGACUCGAUGACGGAAAAUCCGUUGACAGAGUCUUCUUUCGAAUACAAGUCCCCUCCAAGGCAGACUAGGACAGUGUGGAGCUCCUUCAAACGUAACCCUGGAUCCUCUUCUCCAAAGCGCAGUCGAAGCCUCAGGGUAAAGAAGACUCAUGAUGUUGUGACAUCAGAUACAUUAGAUGUCCAACCCAAUAAGGAAGUGGUGACCCUCGAUAGGCUAGGAGAUGAGGUAGAUACAUGUAGCUCUUUUCGUGGUAGUUUUAGAUCUUCAAAACGUAGUGGAAAAUUUAAGAGAAUGUCAACCAAGCCAGGAUCCCCCGAGUGUUCGUCUCCUCCCCCAACAGGGAACGGUACACGUAUGGAGAGUACCGUCACCCUGGCCAAGGAUGUGAUACAACAGCUGAAGCAGGAUAACACAGAUAAAGUAGUAGAAGCAACCCAACAGCUCUAUAGAAUGGUAGAUGAUGCCUGGAGUACCCCGAAGUAUGGUCGUGACCUGGCUUAUAGCAUCAGCGAUGCAAUGCGAAUGGAAGGGGGAUUAGAUAUCCUCCUCAAAAAUUGUAAAUCAGAUGACAGGGCCUUGCAGCUUAAUUCAGCAAGGCUACUAGAGCAGAUAAUGACAGCAAAUAACCGUGACUUUGUAGUUAGGAAAGGCCUAGAAUCCGUUGUAAAAUUAGCAUGUUCCAGAAAAGAACCUACUCUUCUUCAGAUAGGAAUGGGUAUCUUGGAGAAUCUCUUCAAGCAUUCAGAAGACACCUGCACAAAAGUUAUUGACCGUGGUGGACUGCAGGCUGUUCUCUAUAGCUGCCGAAUGAGUGACAACAUCACUCUCCGUCACUGUGCUGCUGCACUAGCUAAUUGUGCCAUGUAUGGUGGCUCUGCCAACCAGCAGCGUAUGAUUGAAUUCCGCACUUCAGAGUGGCUCUUCCCACUGGCUUUCAACUCUGACAACAGCAUCCGUUACUAUGCCUGCCUGGCUAUUGCGGUCCUGGCAUCCAAUCAGGCCAUAGAACGACAGGUUGUCAGCUCUGGAACUCUGGACCUAGUGGAACCAUUUGUGACCACCCAUGAUCCUGGUGAAUUUGCAAGGAGUGAUAAGGCCCAUGCUCAGGGUAGAUCAGAGGGAUGGCUUACCAGGCUCAUGCCUCUUCUAGAAUGUAGUAGGAGGGAGGCAAAGUGUCUUGCUGCAUUCCACUUUGCAAUGGAGGCAAUUAUUAAGAAAGAUCAAGGAAGAACUAAGGUAUUCCAAGAUAUCAAUGUGAUAGCAUCAUUACGUCAGGUAGCGAGCAGUAACAAUGAGAUUGCUUCCAAGCUAGCCAUCCAGGCCCUUCGCACUAUCGGUGAAGAAAUCCCGUCCAAAUUAUCCUUCAAUAUAUCAUGCUGGAGUGUGAAGGAAGUUCAGAUGUGGGUCAAAACCAUAGGUUUUGCCAAUUUCUGUUUUGGAUUUGAAAACCACAAAGUAGAUGGAGACCUACUGCUGACUAUAACUGAGACUGAAUUAAUGAGAGAUAUUGAGAUGGACAGUAGCCUACUCAGAAGAAGGUUUCUUCGGGAGUUAGGCCAGCUAAAAUGCAACUCUAACAGUGGUGACAAGGAACUCUAUGACUGGCUCAAGACGCUAGGUCCGGAAUAUCCCCAGUAUACUCACAAUCUGAUGCACUGCGGCAUUGACAUUCAACUCUUACCCUUUGUUACUGAUCAACACCUAAAAGAUGAUGGGGGAAUCACCAAUGGUGUCCAUCGUAUGAAGAUACUCAAGGCUAUACACCCAUGGGCUUUCAAUCCAUAUACCUUCCCCGGUGCACCUGCUAAGAUGAAAAAUAAAGGAAUUACUAGUUUUCAAGGACUUGACAUCUACCCCAAGGUAUUUGACAGUCCUCAGAAUGAAGAAAAGCAGUUGACUGAGUCGGGUGAUUCUAAGAACCAACCAAGAAAGAGUUUGGAUGUCUUCAUCAGCUACCGGAGAUCUACUGGGUCUCUGCUAGCAAGCUUGCUAAAGGUACACUUGCAGUUACGCGGUUUCACAGUCUUCAUUGAUGUGGAGAAGCUGGAGGCAGGCAAAUUUGACAACAAUCUACUCCACAGUGUGAGAAGUGCUAAGAGCUUUGUGAUGGUCCUCUCUUCUGGCUCUCUAGAUAGGUGCAUGGGAGACAAAGAUCAUAAGGACUGGGUUCAUCGGGAGAUAGUGACAGCCAUAGAGUGUAAAUGCAAUAUCGUACCGGUCAUUGAUAACUUCAAAUGGCCCAAGCCUGAUGACCUACCUGAAGACAUGCGUGGUAUCUGUUUCUUCAAUGGAAUCAAGUGGAUCCAUGAUUAUCAGGAUGCCUGCAUUGACAAGUUGGAAAGGUUCUUGAAGGGAGAAGAAAACAUGGAAAAAUAUAUCGACAACGAGAUCAUGGCAGUCAGGCAAAUGAUUGCUGGUCAUGGGUUACGAACCAGCAGUGGUGGCAGUAGUGUAUCUUAGCAACGGUAUGGACUCCGGGUGCAGGAUUCGCAGUGUUUAAAGUAGAAUAGAUUCCCCUUGUCUUGUAAUAGACUCAUGGGUAGAGUAAUUUGCAUAAUGGACAGUGCUGAUGUUAUGUAAUAAUAUGUGUAAAACUUUGAACUAUGGAAAUCUUUAUGAAGCUCUGUAUAAAAUUUAGAAUAUUGAUGAAUACUCGGUUGUGCAUGAUACUGGGUCUUCAGUGCUGAUCUAAUUUGCCAAUGUGAAUGAUAUUUACACUGCAGUACUAGCAAAAAAUGUGUACCCAUUGCAUAUUUAGCUCAUGUAGAGUGCUAAUACAAUUUACUCUUCAGUACUGAUGUAAUUCAUGAUUCAUCCGUCAUAUGUUCCGUAGUUAUAUACUGAUGUAAUUUACCGUAAUACAAUUCAUAGUUGGAUUCUAAUGUAGUUUACCUCUUGGGAAAUUUCACAUGUUACUGUGAUACUAAUAUGAGACUGUAAAAUUCACAGAUUACUACUGAUGAAGUUUACAUAUUGUGAUGUAUUUUACCCAUUGUUUUGAAAUUCACAUGUCAGUUCUGAUGUAGUUUACCCAUUGUGAUAAAAUUCACCGUUCAGUUCUGAUGUAGUUUAUCCAUUGUCGCAUAGUUCCCAGUUCAAAACUGAUGUAGUUUACCAUAUGAAUAAAUUCACACAUGUAGUUUAUUCAUUGUGAUAGAACUUGCACUUCAGUACUGAUGUAGUUUACCUAUCGCUAUAAAUUCACACUUCAAUACUGAUGUAGUAUACUGAUAGUUAUAAAUAUUCACAUUUCAGUACUGAUGUAGUUUACCUAUCGCUAUAAAUUCACACCUCAAUACUAAUGUAGUUUACGCAUUGUUAUAAAAUUCACACAUCAGUACUGAUGUAGUUUACCCAUCGUUAUAAAAUUCACACAUCAGGACUGAUGUAGUUUACUGAUAAAGUUAUAAAAUGCACAUCUCUGUACUGAUGAAGUUUACCUAUUACAAUAGAAUUCACAGUUACGUACUGAUGCAGUUUAAUCAUUACUGUACUGUAGUAUUUACAAUUUAGUACAGAUGUAGUUUAUCUAUUGUGAUAGAAUUCAGAUUUAAUGACUGAUAUCAUCCACUCAUUGGAGAUCCUAUGGGUAAAAGCUAAGGUAAAAUUUUCAGAGGACUCUACCUUGCAUCGCCAAAAGUAACACUCUUGGAGCUCAGCAUUCCUAUGUGUCCCUAUGUGUUCCUAUGUGGCGCUUUAUGAGAUCAGAAAUCCUAUGUAACGCUGCAGUGGCAAAGGAAGCAUAUGAAACAGACCUUCAAAGUUAAACAAAAUCUUAAACAAAAUCCUACAUUGACUCUGAACUGUGUCAUGAUAAGUAUAUCAUCAUACGAUAACUGUGACUAAUAAUAUAACCAAUGGCAUGGCUUAUUGUAGAAAUAAGAUCUAUAUGACUCACUUAGGUGAUUUCAAGCGCUUGCUUGUAACUGGGUAUGGAGUGAAUACCUAUCAUUUUGUUAUGAUUCCCCAUUGCUUUACAGGAGGGUGAUUGUUAAAGAGAGGUCCAAUUUCUUUAUAGCUAGCAAGUAAUAGGUAACCCAAUGCUUGUAUUAAGCUUGCAUUUGUUUAAAGUAAUGAAAUUUAAACAGACUGAAUCUGAUCAAUGUUAAAGACAUUAACAUUUAUUAUGUGUGUAUGUUCAUGCUUUAUGUGCUUUCAAAGGACUUUGGUUUUCACAUGCUUUAGGUGAAGCCGGGAGGUGAAGGAACUUUGGUAAGUCUAGUUAAGUCUCAAACCUGCUAUUCAUUGUGCGAAUGUCAAGACAUGAUCCUGAGAAAUCAAGCCCCCUUGCCACCACUGCUAUUAUAGAUGUUUUUAUUUUGGUAAUUUCAAGCAGUUUACUAAGUGGGUUAGGUGUUACUUAAAAUAGUUUAUAGCAAACUUAUAUUGAAUACUAGUAUUCAGCUUUUUAAGACCUAUUAUUUUCAUGCAAAAUGUUGUUUUUCUAGAUGUGUCAAAAUUAUUUGUGUAAAUAUAUUGAAUAUUGAUAGAAUGAGAAAAGGUCUACACAAUUGAGCAGUUUACUUGCAGGUUUAGGUGUAUGUAAUUUUGUUAAUUAAAUACACCCCCAUGACUUUUGCAAAAUGUAUUUCUAGUAGAUGACUGUUAUUUAUUUAAAUGUAUUAAAAACAAAUGAAUAAAAGGUCUACAAUGAAAACCAUCACAACUAUAUAUAUAUACACAGAUUUAGAAAUUAGAAUUAGAAUAAAAAAAAUAGAAGUAGGAAUGUAAAUUGUGCAAUAAUUCUUGAGUCUUACACUAGAAGAAAUAGUACAAUAAAGUGUGGAUUAUGAGAAUUCAAAACAUGUAGCAAAGUUCAGUACUAUAAGUAAAUACCUAGUGUUUUUAGAUGUUUUAGUUUUGAAAUAUUAAGUUUGUAAAUUAAGUUCAUUUUCUUGAGUAUUUCAUCUUGUGAACUAGUUUUCCUGCUAAUAUAGUGAUCAUACCAUAUGAGUUAACAUAUACUCCUGAAGUAAUCCUGAGUGAAAAAUGUUACAUCGAAAUUCAAUGUCAUGUGUAACAAUAGGGGUAUUAAUUAGAAGUGAUCAUUUCACAUUUUAUGGUAUGCAAUCUAUUCACAUCCCUAUUAUAAUCAGAAGACAUUUACCAUGAUAUGCAUGUGAAAUGAAAUGUAUUAACACUUUGUACUCUCUCAGAUGAAUGUUUGUAGCACAAUGUGUAGCACUGGCUCAUAUGAAUGGUUAUUUCAUUGCGGUCUAUCGAAGUAUAAAUUGCCCAUCUGCAAUCUUCUAGUCUGAGCAAGCUUUAAAAACCCCCUGUGCAUACAGAGGAAGCUGAGGAGUUUAGCAUGUACACGCCUUGACUUAUUAAUACUUUUUUGGUGAAUUAGGGUUUAAAGGGGUUUUUAAGAGGAGAGAAGUACUCAAUCUCAAUUAACUUCACCAGUGGUAAUAACUUGCUUCUUGUUCAUUCUGAGAAGUGGUGUCUUGGAAAAAAUAUUUUAGUUGAAAAUAUAUUGAAAAAAUCAUAUCUAUAUGCGGAAAUACAUCAUGCAUUAUUCUUGAAACAGCUUCAUUCAAAGUAAUAUCAAGUAAAUAAUUUCUGGAAGUGCUAAAAACAGUACAUAUCUAUAUAUAUUGUGAUGACACGAGUGCAUUGUAGUAAGUGAUUUUUUGUGCUCUAAUUUUUAAUAAUGAUAUAUGGAAUAGAUUAUAUGAUCGAAUAUGUAUAUAUAUCAAAUUAUUUAUCAAUUUGAGUAGAUGUAAUUGUGAUCAUAAUAUUGAUAUUGUCUUUGUUGAAUAUUUCAUGUUUAAAAAUCCUAUCAGAUUCCUUUGGACAUUUUUACUGUUAGCCAUGUGUAAAUAAUACAUGUCUAGUCAAGUUGUUUGAAUGUGAAAAAUACGCCAGGGGAGCAUUUCAUGAAAGAAAUAGUGAAUUUCUCUGUCUUUUGUUAAAAGCUACUAUAAAUCCUUGCAUCCGAUUGGCUGAGAGCACAUUAGCCAGUGAAAGUCAUUGACAAAACUUUUUAUGAAAUGCUCCCCAGAUACGGCCAGUAAUGUGCAUUGAUAUUUUUAAGUAUGUCUCAGCCAGUUGUAAUGUGUUUUGUAUUUGCUAUUCCAACCUAAGCUGUGUAGUGAAGCUUAUUACUCUAGUUGUAAAAGAUGAAAUUGGAAGUUUUACAAGAUAAUGACAAUGGUUCAUGGGUUGGCUGAAAUAAAGCUGUUUAUGACAUUGGUGUCUUCUAGCAGUAAAGAAAAAGAAGGUUAUUUACGACCAUGCUCUUUUUUACUCGGUCUUUUUUACUGUUAUUCGGUCGAGCAAUGAACUAGCACGAGAACAUUCACAAGAAAAAAGAAUUUGACAAAAAAAAACCUCUUUUUUAAUCUUUAAAAGUUAACAUUUGACCUUCUAUUUUGUCUUAAAUGUGUGUUCAUUCAUGCAUGACCCAAUUAAUGGUACAUUUACACAGAAGUAAGUCAAUAACCAAAUAUCAAGUAAUCAGUAUGUUUUUAUGCACUUUUUUAUUAAAAAGUUUCACCUUCUUGACUUAGGAUGAACAAACUUUAGUGUUGUGUUUAGAUAUACUAGUAUAUGAGAGUUUGAAAUCUGUCAUUCAAAAUGAAAAAUAUGUAUAUUUUGCAAUAUAAUUGUGACAGAGAUUUAAAAUUCUCUAACAUCAUUUUUUUUACUAGGUAUACAGGGAGCAGGGGAAAUAUUGCCAAUCAAAUUGCCAGGCAUUGCCAUCAAUCCUUGAAAUAAUGAUAUUAAAAUGAUGUUCCUCCUCAAAGGGCUUGAUACUAAUAAUUGAUAUUGCAUAUUUCAGCAUGUCUUCAUUUUGAAGUAUCCAGUGUGAUUGGUCUCAUAUAAUUGUUUGACUUCCCUAUCUCUGUGUUGUGAAUUGUAUGGGCUUUCCUUUUAUAUCAAAUGAAAUUGUUGACGGUAAUAUGAGUAAUAUUGAUAACUGAAAAAAUACAAAUUUUUUAGCCAUUCAAGAAUAUGUGAUUAUUUUUGUCCAUGUAUUUCUCUUGUUUGUACUUGUCUUAUUUAGGUUGCUGAAAUCCAUUAACUUUAGCUUGACUUUAACAAAAUAUGUGGGAAAGAUUGGAAUCAAUUCUAUUCAUGAUAUUCAAUUAUUCAUCAUGAAAAAUCAUGAAAAAAUGAUCCACUGCAAACGAUUGCUUAAGAAAUGCCUGAAAAUUAAAAAUACAUGCUUAUCUGUGUAGUGCAUUAUGCCAUUCGGAAGAAUCGAGCGAUUUCUUUUGUUUUGAUGAUUUCAAUGCUUUACAGCAAACAUCUGUUCUUUCAAAAUAAUUUAUUGUGUUUCGAUGGAAUUGGCAGGCCUAAUAAUCAUUUACACUAUGCAAUAUCUACUUGAUUAAAUUAUAAAAACAGUGCAUGAUACCAAGCUUUAAAGAUAUGAGUUCAUAUUAUGCUAUUCAUUAUAACGAUAAUGCUUUAAAAAGCUAUGGUAUGGAAUUUUCAAUCAAAAGAUAAUUUUCUGCAGAAUCAUGAGCUUUACAUAAUUAUUCAUAUUUGAAUUCAAAAUUAUGCAUUUUGUAUUCAGUACUUUGUUCUGCAUUUUAUUUUAUUACUACUUGUGUGGUUUUUAACGUUAUUUUUUGCUGCUGAAAAUGAAGUUUUUUUUUACAUAAAUGAUAUACUCUGAUUAUUUUGUGAACUUUCAGAAACCAAAAUUUUAUUUCAUUUCAUCCAACCAAGGUGGUGCUUGAUGCUUUAUGAUUUUAGUAAUUAAAAAAAAAAGAAAAAUAUGAUUUAUAUUUUUUUGUGGUAUCUCGAACAGCCUUGCUAUAUUAAUCUCAGAUAAAGAGUUGCACAGUGCCAAGUAUAAGUCAAUGGUCAUAUAUAUCAAGAUGUAAAAUACAUAUAAUGUGCAAUGAAAAUGAAAAAGAAAGCUUGGCUUAGUCAAUUUGUGUAUUUAAUUUGAAAAUGUUUAGCAGUUUGGGGUUACUAUUCAUCUAGUGGUAAAUCCACAGGUUAUAACCAAAGAGUAUACACUGAAAAUCACUAUUGUUGAAAUGAUCAGUGUUCUGAGAGGCAUCUUACACCAAUGUCAAAGCAUUUUACACUAGUGUUCAUGGCUAUAUGCAGACAUUUUUUUCCACUCGGGGACAAGAUGCAUAACAAUGUCUUCAGAAACUCUAAAGCGAGGGACCAAAAUGAUGGAGCUUGUCAUUAGGCCGCUUUUUCAUUAUCUAAAGUGAAGUUGAAGGAUUUCGUGCACACUUUUUGGUAAUUUUGUGAAAAUUUUCAGUACAUAAAUGUAAGUUUUCAAAAUUUCUGGAGGGUAAUUGCCCCCCUCCCUCCCUCUGCAUAUGGCCAUGAUGGUAUUAGUUCAACUCCCACCAGUGUUAUAAUACAUUCUGCUCGUUAUUUUAACACUUUACACACAUUUGAACAUUUCAACACUCAGAUGCUUGAUGUUUUGCCUCUAUUUUGAUUGAAACAUUGAUUUAUGCCCUGCCUAUUGGACUUAAUUUUAAAGCUACCAAGCAGACUUUAUGAAACUGGGAAACUAGUAAUUGAUUGCAAAUGUUUGUGUUACGGGACCCUUCUCAUUAUGUUUACAAUGGUUGCAAUGUCUUUGAAUGUUUGUUUGUUGUUUACCAUUUGGUAGAACCUAAUUAAAUUCCUGAAAUCCAUCA